AUGGAGGACUCUGUCGCAGAGCUCAAUGAGCUCUUUGCUGCCGCUGCUCCGGAUGGGCUACCCAAGGAUGUCCUCACGGAGUUGCAGUCAAUCCUGCGCAUCCACUCCAUCUCCGCGCAAGAGCUCUUCUACAAAUGGGAGUCCUACUGUCUGAAAAUGGGCCCGGAUGAGCUGAAGAUGGACCUGGGAUCCGUACGACUGUUCAAGAAAGAUGUGCAGGAUACAUUGGAGCGAGAAGCCCGCGGCAAAGCAGGCAGACAGAUGGAGAGGAAACCAGCAGUGCCGGCGACCCCGCGCGCUGCUACGUCGGAUGUUUUUGGCAUGUACGUUGAAUCCAUUCCAUUCUCCCAGCGCCAGAAUGCAGGCGAAACGAUCGAAACCAUCAACUCUCAUCUCCCACAAGCAGAGGCUCCUAUCGCGCCAUACUCCGAAGCCCGCAUACGACCGACGGCAAACACAGACCUGAAGAAGUUCGGAUACAAGCCCAUGGCCAUGCGACUGGCCGAAGCAUCGGAGAUCCUGGACGACCGCAUUGAUGAAUUCAUGGCAUUGUUUGAGAAACAGUACGGCAGCGACGAGAUCACAUUCGGCAGCGCCGCCACUCAGAGCACCAGCGAGAUCGUGGCCGUCGGCCGCAUCGCAUCCGAUAGUAUGGAAGGGAAGCUCAACGCGGCAUCACUCGUGCUCGAGACAUCAAGACGCACAGGAGCAGGCAUCCGGGUUCCAUUGAAACUCGAAUCCGUGCCCUCAGCCAACUUCUUCCCGGGCCAGAUCGUGGCGCUGCGCGGCAUUAAUGCGUCCGGUAACUACUUUUCCGUCAAAGAGGUCCUCCCCACCCCCCUUCUCCCCCCGGCCGCCUCAUCAGUCGUCAACCUCGAAACCAUCAACCAGAGACUCGAAGACGCCGGACCAGCGCCCUUGAACAUCCUCGUCGCAGCCGGCCCGUACACAGCAGAUGAUAAUCUCGACUACGAGCCACUGAAAGAAAUUUGCCGCAAGGCAGCAGACAGCUACGCGGACGGUCUCGUCCUGCUGGGACCGUUCCUGGACAUCGAGCAUCCCCUGCUGGCCUCGGGGGAUUUCGACCUGCCGGAGAUCAACGGCGUGGACCCGGACACGGUGACGCUGACGACGGUAUUCCGGCACUGCAUCUCAGCUCCGCUACAGCGACUCGUGGCGGCCGUGCCCAGCGUCACAAUCGUGCUGGUCCCGUCAGUGCGCGACGCAGUCAGCAAACACGUCUCAUGGCCGCAGGAGCAGCUACCCAAGAAGGAGCUGGGACUGCCGAAGCAGGUGCGCAUGGUGUCGAACCCGGUGACGCUGUCGCUGAACGAGACGGUGAUUGGGAUGUGCUCGCACGAUGUGCUGUACGAGCUGCGGCGCGAGGAGGUACUUCACGGCAAGCCGACGGAGGGAAACCUCCUGACGAGACUGCCAAAGUACAUGAUCGAGCAGCGACACUUCCAGCCAAUGUUCCCGACAUCAAGCAGAGAUAUGCUGCCACGAGCGGGGACCGGCCUUGCAACAGGGGGGAUGGUAGAUGUGAGCUAUUCGAAGCUGGGCGAGUGGUGGAAUGUACGGCCGGACGUGUUGAUAACGCCGAGUAUGCUGCCGCCGUUUGUCAAGGUAGUAGACAGCGUAACGGUGAUCAACCCCGGCACACUCUCCAAGCGCCGCGGCGCAGGCACAUACGCACAGAUGGCGAUCCAGCCACGACGGAUAGAAGACGAAGAGAGAGAACAGAAGCAGCGCAGCAGCAGUAUACAUGAUAAUGAUGAUUCCACGAAAGGACUCCAUACCCAUCCAUAUCCACAUAAGCAUAAAGCAUAA